AUGCCCGAUUACAUCCAAAAUGCCGAAGACGCUCUCAGUAAACCUAUUGCAAACAUGGAGCUAGCAGAUAAAACAUUUCUCGAAUCCCACGUCACCGCAUUCUUCGAGUACUUCAACUCAAUACCGCAGUACAAUUUCAUCCACAAGCCAACCUUCCUUCGAAGCUUCCAUCAUAACAAUCUCGACCCGCUCUUCCUCCGCUGUGUCUGCGGAAUCGCCUCUCGUUUUGUCCAGCCAAACACAGAAGACUACACAUCUGACUGGCUUCGGGAAGUAGAAGCACAAAUCUGGCCCCGGAUAAGCGAAAUGAAAGUUCAGAAUCUCCAGAUUCUUCUUUUGCUCAUCUGCUGGUAUUCUCUCUCCCGAAAAAUCUCCAGUAUGUGGACUGCUUCGGCGAUGGCUGCACGGAUGGCGUACGGCAUUCGCUUGAACCAUGAGGCGGAUGGCAAAAUGCCUUUUGUUUCUAAAGAAGUUCGCCGAAGACUCAUGUGGUCGAUAUUUAUGUUGGAUAGGCUGUAUGCAGGUGGUUUUCCCGAGUUGACGCUCUGUGCUACUGAAACCAUACAUAUCAAUUUGCCGUGUGAGGAGAGGAAUUUCGAUCUCGAUAUCCCUCUUUCAACCCCUGUCUUGAAACCAACGAUUACAACCCCAGAAUUGGAAUCCGGAAUUGGGAUCAUGGGAUAUAUCACCCGGCUGAUAGAUAUUCGACACGCCAUCCUGGAGUCAGUCUUGAACUCAGUUCCCAAAAGAUUACAUGCUAACAGAUUCUAG